AUGCAGAACCUUGCAGGAAACAUAUACUUUAUCGCCGUCAUUGCGGUGAUUGGCGGCGCCCUUUUCGGUUUCGACAUCUCCUCAAUGUCUGCUAUUAUUUCGACUCAGCCCUACCUUUGCCAGUUCAACCAGCGUGGCUUCGAUGAGAACGGUCGGUGUCUUGGUCCUACUGACGCCGUCCAAGGUGGCAUCACUGCAGCCAUGCCUGGCGGCUCCUGGCUUGGUGCGCUGGUUUCUGGUUUUUUGUCUGAUAGCUAUGGUCGCAAGCGGUCGAUCCAAAUCGGCUCGGUCAUCUGGGUCAUUGGUUCGAUUCUUGUCUGCACCUCUGUCAACAUCCCAAUGCUAGUUCUCGGGCGUAUCAUCAACGGCUUCUCGGUCGGCAUCUGCUCUGCUCAAGUUCCUGUCUACAUCUCCGAGAUCUCGCCCCCUUCCAAGCGCGGUCGGCUUGUUGGGUUCCAGCAAUGGGCCAUAACUUGGGGAAUCCUGAUCAUGUACUUCAUCUGCUACGGCAGUGCCUAUAUGAAAACCAGCGCAGCCUUCCGUGUGCCCUGGGGCAUACAGAUGAUCCCAGCUAUCCUGUUGUUUUUGGGUCUUUGCAUCCUGCCUGAGUCUCCUCGUUGGCUCGCAAAGCAUGAUCGCUGGGACGAGACCACUGAAGUCUUGACUAUGAUCCACGGCAAGGGAGACCCCAACUCGCCUUUCGUCCACCAUGAGCUCUUGGAAAUCCGCGAAGUCGUCGAGUUCGAGCGCGCAAAUGCGGACGUCUCGUUCCGGGAGCUGUUUGCUCCUAAGAUGAUCAACCGAACCAUCAUCGGAGUCUUCACCCAAAUCUGGUCCCAACUUACCGGCAUGAAUGUCAUGAUGUACUACAUUACCUACGUUUUUACGAUGGCUGGCCUCGCAGGUGACAGUGACACUGCUGUUCUCCUCCCUAGUGGCAUCAACUUCGUCAUUAACGUUAUCAUGACCGUUCCUGCUCUCCUCUGGAUGGAUCGCUGGGGCCGCCGCCCGACUCUGUUGGUUGGUGCAUUCCUGAUGUGUCUCUGGCUUUGUGUCAACGCUGGCAUCUUUGCUAUUUACUCCCGUCCCCCUCUUCCGGGUGAAUUCACUUCGACUGCUGAGUCCAUGGCUGUUUCCGGUGCCCCUGCGAAGGCCAUCAUCGCCUCAACCUAUCUGUUUGUCGCUUCGUUCGCUCCCACAUGGGGUCCGGUCUCCUGGACUUACCCGCCCGAGCUAUAUCCGCUUCGCCUUCGCGGAAAGGCGGUCGCGCUCUGCACGUCGGCCAAUUGGGCAUUCAACUUUGCCCUUGCUUAUUUUGUGCCGCCCGCUUUCGCCCAGAUAACCUGGAAGACCUAUGUCCUCUUCGCCACAUUCUGCGCUGCCAUGUUCCUCCACGUUUUCUUCAUGUUUCCGGAGACAGCCAACAAGCCGCUUGAGGAGGUCGAAAAGAUCUUUGACGAUACUCAGGCCGGCGCCAUCAAGUACAUCGGUGUUCCUGCCUGGAAGACCAAGAACGAUCGCACCUUGAUCAUUAAGCAGGAGAACAAUGAGGCUCUUCCGAAAGAGGGUUAA